GCAUUACGGUCCCGCCGCGCCGAGAGCCGGCCGCGUCAUACACAGUAACCACAUCUCGUUGCUCGUGACAACAACAAACUUCGCCUUUUGUGUUAUAAAAAGUGGUUUACGUUACAAAUAAACAUGUAAACGCUCCACAUUGACACUUUCAAACUUACUUUACCCGUAUCGGUUAAAUCGAGGCCAAUCAGUGAAAUAUAAAAGUGUUUACAAUAGUUACAGUGUUUAAGUCGUUUAAGUCUGUGGAAUUUGUGAUUCUAUAAAUAGAUGUCUACGUUACCGUACAGCUGUGAAUCGUGAUUACGAUUGUGGCAUUUGAAUCCAUGUAUGCAAGCUGAAUAAGUUACGAUGUAAACAAAGGAGAGGAUUGAUAAGUUUGGCGACUUCUUUCUAGGCGACACUUAGUGUUGUUCCAACAUGACCGACAUGUUGGGUUGGUGUUUGGUCGCCUACCUCCUGGUUAUAUCAGAUGCUCAACAAAUAAGUGGUCCUAUUAUUUUAUCACCUAACGAAAUAUUACUACAAAAUAAACAAAACUAUACCAUUCACUGUAAAGGGAAAAGGCCAAUAAAUUUUACAAUACAAGAAGCGGCAGAGGACGAAGACACGGAUUUUAAAAAGAUACUGCGAAAGGUGGCUCCGUCCGAUAACGAGUACGAGUACGAAAUAGCGUUAGAUCUGUUCAGCGUGGAUCCCUUCGCUGUCGGCUACUACGCCUGCCACGACGAUCAAGUCGACCCGUCGCAAAUAUUUACCGACCUGGUCGAGGAACCAACCAACAAUGAACACAUCUCAUAUACGUACGUCUACGUGAAUGAUCCGCAAAAUUUAAUAGCGCCAAUGAGAGAAAUCGUUUAUGUGGUGAAACCUGGUGCCAAGACAAUUAUUGAAUGUAGACCCACGUUUCCUGACGUACAAGUUAAUUUAACUAUGAAGAAUGAGACACAGCAGGUGAAAUCGAAUCAAAGCAAGAUAGUCAGAAUAAACAAGAUUGGGUUUUUAGUGAGAGUGCGUAAGACUGACACUUACACUUACACGUGCGAGGGGCGUCGCGGCAGCUAUGCCUCGCGGAAAAGUGCCUACAUUCAUUUGCGUCUACCUACUGUUUCAAAUGAUGCGGUGAAACCACAAAUAGCAAGCAGAGAUAAUAGAUUCCUCGCGGGUGAGACAAUAUUUAUGAAUUGUACUGUCAACUACACUGUAAACAAUGCUAUCUCACUGAGAUGGAUAACUCCACGGCCUUUGUCUGAGGAUGAUGUGAAGUCCAACGAAUAUGAAAUCCAUACCGACAUCCUAUACAGAGCAAUUUGGGUUAAAAAUGCAAGUGAAAAAGAUGCUGGAGAAUAUAUUUGUGAAGCAAGAAAAGGAAUCAGUGACAUAUCGACGAAUACACAGAAGAUGAUAUAUCUUAAGACACCAUAUUUGAAACUCAAACGAUAUGGGCCAGAUAGAGCGACCACAUCGAAUCCACAGUUUAAGUUUGCUUUUGAAAUCGACGGAUACCCACCACCAGAAUACAAAUUUAUCAAGAAUAAUAACACGAGAAUUAAUAAUGGCACUAAGUACAAAAUAGAACAAAAUAAAACAAUAAAAAUUUUACACGUGUUAAUUGUCAAUGAUGUGGACAUUACUGACACAGGAGAUUAUACAGUGGAGGCAACUAAUGCUAACGGUACACAAAGACUGACCAACCAUUUAAAUGUGAUGGAUGUUCCCCGAGUAACUUUCCAUCUAAGUGAAGGAAGAAAAUUAAAAGGACAACAAGUUAAAUUGGUGUGCGAAGUGACCGGCUAUCCAUUUCCAAACGUCGAGUGGUCUUUUAUAGACAUUCAAUCAAACAAAGAACUCGACACUCCUUUAAAAGGUACCGUAAUAGAAGAAUCCGAAUAUAAAAUAGUUUCUACACUUGAUUUACCAGUUCAAUCCCCGGGCACAAUCAUUUGCAGAGCGUCGAAUACCCAAGGGGAUGACCAGAGAACUAAAGCCCUUCUUGUUGACGAGAUAGAAGGUGGUUUUGGUAUUGAAAAUGAGGGAAAGGAAGUAAAGGAAGUCUCUGAAGGGGAUAGUUUAAUUUUAAGAUGUCUGGCCUCCAGGUAUGACUUCACGUCUGUCCAAUGGCAUGGUCCGAACGACGAAGAGAUACCAGGAGCCGUCUUUGAAUAUUCAACUAACGCAAUGUCUCUUGUCGCAAAAAUGGAAAUAAAUGACGCAUUAAUAAGUCACACCGGCAAUUACUCAUGCGUUGCAUAUCACAAUGUAACUAGCGAAGAACGAACAGAAACCAUCUCCGUUGUAGUUGCAGGUCUUCGCGCAGCAUCAAUAAAAGUGCCUGCUGAAGACAUUACCGAGAAAGAGGUGAUACCAUUUAAUGAUGUGACACUUACAUGUAUAGCAGAGGCUAUUCCUCCGCCUGGUAUUACGUGGUACAAGGACGAAAAUGAGAUAGCAAGCAGUAAUGUUAUCACACGUUCAUUGAAUUAUAGCACAGUGAAUUCAACCUAUACAUUCAAGCAAAAUGGUACCGACGAUUCAAUUUACGAAUGUGUGGCUACAAGUGGUACAUCUAGGGCUUCAAAAAUGUACCAGGUUACUGUAACGAUGCUCAAGUCACGGUUCAAAUGGGAAUACCUCAGCAUCCUAGUAGCCAUAAUGUUGGCACUAGUGCUACUAGUGCUGUACUUAUGCUGGAGGAUAAAGAAAGAGAAGCGAUUCAGAAAAGAGUUGGCAGCCGCUGGCCUGCUGUACUUCAAGGAGGGGGCGCCCAAGUCCCUCAACCCACAGCUUGGCAUCGAUGAACAGGCUGAGUUACUGCCCUACGACGACAAAUUUGAGUUCCCAGUUGAAAAAUUGAUUUUGGGGCCCCAGUUAGGUGCGGGCGCAUUCGGUGUGGUAUACAAGGCGGAAGCGCGCGGCAUUAUCAACGCGGAAGACAGUACCACUGUCGCGGUGAAAAUGGUGAAGAAAACUGCCGACAAUAUCUACAUCAAGGCGCUCGCUUCCGAACUCAAAAUUAUGGUGCACCUGGGGAAGCACAUCAACAUUGUCAAUUUGUUGGGCGCGUGCACCAAAAAUGUUGGAAAACGUGAGCUGAUCGUGAUAGUGGAGUUCUGCAAGUUCGGCAACAUCCACAACUACAUGCAGCGGCACCGCGACGUGUUCAUCGACCAGCUCACCGACAACAAGGAGAAGGCGCAGGGCAACGUCAACCGCGCCUUCUCAUGCAGCGGGGGCGACAGCGGUAUGACUUCGGAUUGUUUGAAUACGAAUCAGACGCAACAAACAGACCACACGUUCCUCAACACUGCGGCCAGUAAUCGCUCAGGAAGACUAGACAAGCCCAAACCACAGUCGGAAUUUGAAAAAGUGUCAGAGUCGGGCUACGUGCAGCCAGAGUGGCGGUCCAACUACGAGAGCGACUACGUGUACGAGGGUCGCAAGCCGCGGCCGCUUACUUCGCGCGACCUCCUGGCCUGGGCCUUCCAGAUCGCGAGGGGCAUGGAGUACCUUGCCAACAUGAAAAUCCUCCACGGAGACUUAGCUGCCAGGAACAUAUUACUAGCUGAAGAUAACGUCGUCAAGAUUUGCGAUUUCGGCUUAGCUAGAAGCAUUUACAAGAACGACGAAUACCAGAAGAAAGAAAACAGCCCCUUGCCAGUGAAGUGGCUAGCCAUAGAAUGCAUGACAGACCGCAUAUUCUCGACGCAGUCGGACGUGUGGUCGUUCGGGAUCGUGCUGUGGGAGCUGUUCUCGCUCGCCAAGACUCCGUACCCUGAGAUCAACCCGCAGGACCUACUGCAGCGACUACAGGAAGGCCAUCGCCUCAGCAAGCCGCCCUACGCGGAUGAUCGUCUGUAUCGUGUGAUGAGGUCGUGUUGGGAACAACGGCCCACAAAAAGACCUACCUUCACCGAACUGCAGGAGACCAUCGGGUCAUUCUUAGAGGAUAACGUGCGUAAUCACUACGUAGAGCUGAACCAGGCGUGUGCCGAGACGAACGAGAACCGCGUCGGAGAGAACUACUUGGUGCAAGUGUGCGCGCCCGACUACAACAACCAGGUGACGCCGAGCCCCCACCACUACGCCAACGACGCCAGUGGCUUCUUCUUCGGCGUCACUCCGUCGCCGACCCCGGUGCAGUUGCAACAUGAUGACGAGGGUUACCUAGCGAUGACACCGGCAUCUAACCAGAACGUAUUUAGUCCUCGGAUCGGCUCGACGUUCGACUUCGACUCGCGGAAGCUCAACGGGCGCUCCUCUGCCGCAAGCCAGGGCUCGGAGCUGACCCCCAUGCUCUCCCUCAACCACCUCAGCGCGCGCAGCGGUUCCGACUCCGACCACGAGGGCGCCACUUCCCCCUACCUCAAUAUGAUCCCCCGCAUCGAGGAGGAAACCGAUGAGCGGCGGGCGCGGCGACAGCGGUGGCGUUAUCGGCACCCUUGACCGCCGCCACCGUCACCGCCAGUACCACCAGAACCUUCAGGUCUACAUACAUAGCCGUAUACUGCCGCAAUCGACGAGGCGGUGUUUCUUAUAUGGACCACCUGACACCCGUGACGACGCUCUAUUUGAAAUGGUCGACCAUGACGAGUUAGGAGAUCCCAGACAUGUACAAAUUGUAAUUCGUCUUGGUAGUUCAAAAGGCCGUUUGAGUUGUCGAUAAUGAAUAUUCAAUGACUAGUCAAAAGGAUGUUUAGAAAGCGGAGGGCCUCGUGAUGUUUACAUUUUGUUUUUAUUAUGUUAUGUUUAAGUUAAAUAAGAAUUGGUUUCAAAUCAUUUGUCGCUAAUUUGGUUAUGAUUUAGAGCUUUAUUGUUAGUUAUAAAUGAUUUUUACAAAGAAAUAAAACGGGUCCGUAUUAGUUCACAUAAUUAUAUUUAAUAAUUCUAGUUUUUUACUUUAACUUCAAUUUACUUCUGGCUUACAUCAGUUCUCAUAAUAAUAUUUAUAAAAUAAAAUAUUUUAAUUGGGUAGGUAGGUUAAGUU